AUGGAAAACUUUGAUUAAAACUUGAAAACAGAUGAUCGAAAUUUGCAACUUUCCCAACUUGUUUUAUAAUAGAAAAGAGAAAAAAUCAUUCUCCAAAAAAAGAUUCAAGCAUUGGAAAAAUAAAAUAAGUAUUAAUUCAUUGAUUAGAAUCCUGACUGAGUAAAUGGAAUCCUAUAAAAUUGAAAAAGAUGAGCAAGCUGUUUAAAUUAUGUAACUCAAAGAAUACAUAGCCAAAUAAGAUUCUGUGACUGCUAAAUUAAAUGGAUUAAUGUAAAUAAAUAAUUAUGAUGAAGAAAAAAGUUAUUGCAAAAGGAUGAAGAGAAAUAAUAACAUGAGCAUUCAUUAAGCGCACCUAAAACUGAUGCAAAAUCAAAUAAAUAUGACAAUUAAGAGAGGAAAAAAAAAGAUAAACAGUAAUCAAAAUUUAUAAUACUGUAGAUAUUUAGAUGAGCAAUAAAAGUUGGAUCUAAAUGAACACAUUAUUGCCUAAUACAAAAAGCAUUCUCUUAAAGAUCAAUCAGCAUCAAGCAAGCUUCCUCCUAUUGAAGAUACAAAGAAUAAACCAAUUAUUGUCUAAGUUCCAAAAAGCUAAUUAAAGAAAAUUAACCCUUAAUAAUUAAUUGAACAAAUGCAAAAAGAAUGA